UCACGAGCUUGGAGAGAAUCCACGAUAUAAAAAUUGGUGGCAGCUGCAUAGCCGCACUGCACUAGCUUUGUCACUUUUAUCUGGAAUUGAUAAUGAAGCAUUGAGCGUGGCAUCCUUGUAUACUGGUAGCUUUGGGUCAUUAAGUGCUCCAUACUCACGAGAAGCAAAUACACGGAUUUCAUAUGCUACUAUUUUUAUUAUAAUCAUUGAAGACGUAGCUCAAUUUAUAUUCCUGGUCAUUUAUCAAAAAGUUACUAUCAUCCCGGCUAUUGUUCCUAUUCUUGCACUUUCUUCAUGCACGGCCCUUAUAGCUAUUAGAGCUAUAUCAAUGAUGUAUCUUGCAUUCUUUUAUCAACAUAGCCUAUUCGAUUGUUAUGAUAAUGAUGAAGUAUUUGAAGAAGAAGAUAGCGAGGUAUUAGAUGUUAAAAACGUUAUUCAAGGGAGUCUUGAAGAUAAAAGUUCUAGUUCUGUUGAAAAGAAAAACCGGCCAUUUUAUUCUUAUGGCUCUGAAAUUGCAAAAGUUCUUAAUGUGAUUAAAUGUAAAUAUUCAUAUUCGAAUAUGCAAUUUGAUUGGACAAUUACUGGAAAAUACAAUAGAAGCGAUAAGAGUCACUUAAUGACAUGGGUAAUUGAUAAGGACAUUGAUGGAAAUUGCCAUAAGAUAUUAGUAUCUAAAAAUAACUGUGCACCAGUCAGUUUCGAUGGCAAUUAUUUAGGAUCUUAUUUACUACCCAAUGAUGAUUUAAUCGUGAUUGCAACAAA